AUGUUGAUCACAGAAACUUUUGAAGACGUUAAAACGUCUUAUGGCACUGAUUUACGUGUCUAUAUUUUCACCCCUAAGGUUCAUGGAUAUCCUCAUGCUAAAUUCCCUGGUGUUGUUUUAUACAGUGAAAUUUACCAAGUAACUGGACCUGUUCGUCGAUUUGCUCAAAAAAUUGCAUCAAAGGGCUACGUAGUAGCAGCUCCCGACAUCUAUCACAAUUUCGUUUCACCUGGUCCACUUGCCUAUGAUGCUAAGGGUACCGAUGAUGGUAAUGAAUACAAGAUUAAGAAACCUCUUGAGUCCUACGAUGAGGAUAACAGACUCUGUGUUGAUUUGCUUUACAGACUGCCACAAUUUGGUGGUAGAAUUGGUGCCACUGGUAUGUGCCUUGGUGGUCACUUAGCCUUUAGGGCGCUAUUGGACAAGAGGGUUACAUGUGCAACAUGCUUCUUCCCCACAGAUGUUCACUCCAAGACACUUGGAUUGGGUAAAAAUGACGAUACUUUACAAAGAGUUUCACAAGAGGCAAAUGCGGACCAGGAAUUGGUGUUAAUCUUUGGUACUUGGGAUACUCAUGUUCCACCAGAGGGUCGCGAUUUGAUUAGAGACCAGUUGAGAAAAUCUGGAGUUGCAUUCAGUUUUCUGGAGGUUCAUGCUGCUCAACAUGCCUUCAUUCGUGAUGAAUCUAGUAAGGGCAGAUACGAUGCAGAAAUUACCGAUUCAUGUUUAGGGUUUUUGUUCGAGCAAUUCAACCGUAAAUUGAAUUUAACUUUGGGAGAAUUCGUACCAGAACGUGGUGAACUAAAGCAUGUCUGUUAG